UGCCUGGAACUCCGAGGGGAGGAAGGGGCUGUUCCCACCGGAAACGAGACGUCCGCGUGGAGGUGGCAGUCAGCUGUCCCACCUAAAAGUGGGAGCACGGCGUCCUCUCUGCAGCAGAGACCAGACCAGAGCUGCAGAGCCAGCCGUGCCCCGGCCAUGGGUCCCACCGUCCUGCUUGUGGCCGUCUUGUGCAUCCUGGCCUCUGAGGCCGCGGACAACUGCCCAGAGGUGAAGGUGGUGGGCCUGGAAGGCUCGGACAAACUCAGCAUUCUCAGAGGGUGCCCAGGGGUGCCCGGAGCCCCAGGGCCCAAGGGAGAGGCUGGCGCCAAUGGAGAGAGAGGAGAACGUGGCCCCCCAGGAGCCCCUGGGAAAGCAGGACCACCUGGGCCCAAAGGAGCCCAAGGACAGAAAGGAGCCCCUGGAGCGAUAGGAGGGUCCGGGGAGCCUCAGGGAUGCCACACAGGACCUCGGAGCUGCAAGGAGAUGCUGACCCGGGGACACACGCUGAGUGGCUGGCACACCAUCUUCCUCCCCGACUGCCGGCCCCUGACGGUGCUGUGUGACAUGCACACGGAUGGAGGGGGCUGGACCGUCUUCCAACGGAGGAUUGACGGCUCUGUGAACUUCUUCCGGGACUGGGCUGAGUACAAGCAGGGCUUCGGCAGCCAGCUGGGAGAGUUCUGGCUGGGCAAUGACAACAUUCACGCCCUGACAGCCCAGGGCCCCAGUGAGCUCCGUGUGGACCUGGUGGACUUCCAGGGCAACUACCAGUUUGCCAAGUACAGUUCCUUCCAGAUGGCCGGUGAGGAGGAGAAGUACAAGUUCCUCCUGGGGGCCUUUGUGGAGGGCAAUGCAGGCGAUUCUCUGUCGUCUCACAAGGACCGGCCCUUUACUACCAAAGACCAGGACAAUGACAUGAAUUCAGGAAACUGUGCCGAGAUAUUCAAGGGAGCCUGGUGGUAUACCAGCUGUCAUGCGUCGAACCUGAAUGGCCGCUACCUCGGCGGGGCCCAUGAGAGCUAUGCCGACGGCAUCAACUGGAAGUUGGGGAAGGGGCUAAACUACAGCUACAAGAUGUCGGAGAUGAAGCUGCGGCCCGCCUGAGCUCCCUUUACCCCCAGGGCCCUGCCCACCCAUGGUGGUGGACGGUGGGCUGGGAGCAAGGCCCUGAGCAAGUGGGGGACAUUGUUGUCCCUUGAGCAUUGUCUUCACGCCAAACGAGGUGUGUCUAGCUCUGCCUCUGUCUGCAGGGACCUUCACGGCUUUGUGCCCCUUACACCUCUCUGUCUCCUCUCUCCCCCCAGCUAGGAUGAUAGAACCGUUUUCCUCAGAAUGAAGCAGGCAAUAAAGACGUUGCUGUGUGCA